GUAUAGUUGAUCAAAAAAUCUGACGUGUUGAUGUAUAUAUAUAGGUUCGGAAAUUUUCGGUUUAUUUACUUACCCGAACAUCUCCGAUAAUAAUGACAAAAAACCGGAACAACGAAAAGUAAAACAAAUAAUUUCUACAAGAUGUCUUCCCAAGGAACGCAAAUUUCCAAUGCUUCUUUCGAUAUCGCGAAAUUAAUUGAUACUAUAGACUUUGCCGCAAAAAAACACUCAUUUCAAAAACGAAAGGAUUCUGCAGGAACGCCUUAUAUUAAUCAUCCAAUUGGUGUUGCAAAAAAUCUUACGGAUGCUGGAGUUUAUGAUCUUGUCACCAUACAAGCUGCAAUAUUGCAUGAUACAGUAGAAGAUACGAAAACAACUUUUGAAGAGAUCGAACAGAAAUUUGGUCGAGAAGUUAAAAAUAUUGUAGCAGAAUGUACUGAUGAUAAAUCAUUAGAAAAGGAAGAAAGACAAAGAUUGCAAAUCGAGCAUACUCCACAUAUAUCUAAACAGGCGAAAGAAGUGAAGUUGGCAGAUAAGUUAUAUAAUUUAAGAGAUAUAAUGAAAGAUGCGCCAAUAGGAUGGUCAAAGAAACGCGUUCAAGAAUACUAUAUAUGGGCUAAGAAAGUAACUGAUGGAGCAAGAGGAAUUAAUCAAAAAUUGGAAGAACAAUUAGAUGACAUAUAUGCAAAUGGUGUUUUUGUAUUACAAGGUGAAGAAUAUAAAUGUCAUCCUUAGGAAAGUAUCAUUAAAAAUAAGUUAAAAAUGUUAUGUUAAUAAAGAAUUUGAUUAUUAAAUUUUGAAUUGGUUCAAAGAAAAGUGAAACUCCCAAUUAAAAGGAAUAGUUUUUUAUUGU